GUAAAAAACCUAGCCGCCCUAGACUUCCCAGCCUACGGCAGCCUAUAUUUCGCAGACGCGCCGAUAGACUCGAGUCUAAAAAUCCCUUUUGAACAUGGUCAGGGCUUCUGUGUAGGCCCCAAUUGCAGUCCAGUCUUUUGGAACCGAAAUCCGGGGGAGCUUGAGCUCUACGGUGAUGGUGAUUCAAGUUCGAAUUGCGGUCCUUGGGAAGACCUCACAGAGUAUUGCUCAGGCCUGAUAUAUACGGGUUUUACUCGUCUGCCAAAAGCUUCAGCCAUUGAUCACAAACUUCAUCCUCAUCAGGGAUCGGUUGACGAUCAUAUCCGUCUAUUGAGAACAAGUCAAAAGGUAAUUCUCAGGCUAAUCGAAGACGCGCGCAUUCAAACAGCUGCGACACCAACCCUCCUCCACCCCGACUUCCACAAACGGAAUAUCCACGUCUCCGCCGAGGAUCCAACCAUCAUAACCGGACUGAUUGACCGGCAAUCAAGCAGCAUUGAGCCUGCGUUUAUAUACACCAACGAAAUUCCCGAUUUUGCGGCACUUUUUGAGACCGUCCAGAGGCUCAAAUCAUGGCUUAGAACCUCAAUGAAUACAAACUCCGAUGGGUGGGUUCCGAGUGAGGUGUUCGGUGCUGCGCAAGAGGCUCAUCGGGUGGCGUAUGAGGAGUGGAUACAGACGGCGAGAGAAUCAGAGGCUAGAGGGGGGGGGGGGGGGGGGGUGACUGUGUAA